AUGUCUCUCCCAAUCAAUAGGGGUAUCUUCGUUGGAGAUAAUGACGAGAUUUCUAUCCGAGAUCUUGGAGACGCCUACAAACCUGUUGGAAGUCAAGCUCUUAUAAAGGUUAAAUACUCGGCUAUUAACCCAGCAGAUCUCAAACAUUCCUCCAUUGGUUUGAGUGGUUCUAUUACUGGUUAUGACUGGGUUGGAACUGUGGUAGAGAUUGGGAACUCUUCCUCCUUCACAGUUGGGCAACAAUUGUUUGGGGGCGUUGUUCCUGCAAGCAAGCGACCACUACAUACUGGCGCGCAUCAGAAUUAUCUCAUUAUUGAUGAAACUACGGCAACAUGGCCGGUUCCCAAAGGAAUGAGUGAAGAAGUUGCCGCAACUCUCCCCGUCGCUGUAGAGAGUGCUGCCGAUUUAAUCUUCAACAUUAAUGGAUUUGGUCUUCCCGCGGCCGGGAUUGACGGCCAAGAUGCAUCUGGCAUUCCAAUCCUCAUUUGGGGAGGUGCCUCUGGUGUUGGAGCUGCGGCAAUCCAGGUCGCGAAAGCCGCAGGGUUUAAACCCAUUUUUGUCACUGCGUCGCCCAAGAACCACGAACGACUGUUGAAAGCUGGAGCUUCAAGGGCUUUUGACUACAACAGCCCUACAGUUGUCGAAGAGAUCAGAAAUGCUGUGGCGGAAAGUGGCAAGAGGCUCACGGUUGCGAUUGAGACUGUGUGCAAUGGAACAACACUGUUCGGGAAACCCUUCGAAAAAAACAAUACUCCGGAUCUUGCGAAAGCCUGCAUGUCUGAUAACGUACAGGCAGAGGAUAUGCGGCUCGCGGCUGUCCUCCCAGUCCCUCACGACCCAGACUGGAAGGGAGGUUAUGCCCUCCGUCCGCCCGGGAACUUCAAUUGGCUUGGUUCUGCUCAGGACCCUGCGUUCCCAGUCAGGACUAAGAAUUUUAUGGACUGGUUUGUCGUAAAUCAUGAACUGGUAUGGAAGCCCAUACUCCGGACUCCUAUUGUUGAAGGAGUUGAGAAGGCUAUUGAAGAGAUUAGACGUGUAGCUCGAGGUGGCGCGUCGAUGGAAAAGGUUCUGAUUGCGCGUCCCCUAUGA